AAUACAACAUUGAAUGCAAACUGCGAAAUGACUGCGCCUCCCUAAUCAGUCGCGUAUUGGAAUGUGCAUACAUAAUGAAUACUGCGCAUGACGAAUCCUGUCUGUUGAAGUCUGCUUACAUUAGGUAUAAAUAAGAUUUAUUCACCUUUCUCUAUUUUUUAUUGUAAACUUUUUCUUUCCUUUUCCCCUUUUCUCUACAUAAGUAAUACUCUUUCAGUAACUAAAUUAACUUAGACUACGAAUUAUUUACAUUUUACGCCGCAUUCGUAACUCCUACGGACUUGAUUUCACUUCACUUCACUUCAGCUCGGAUCCCACCUAAGUUAUACAAAUCUUUACAAAGAAACGGAAAGAAAAAGAAAAGAAAAUCACUAUCAAUUCAACAUGUCAGCGGCAGAUUACUACGGUAACAGCAGUGGAGGUGGUUAUCGCCCACCUCAACACUCAUCACCUUAUCCCCCACAACCUCAAUACGCCCAGACGUCCCCCUCGCAUUCCCCAUACCCCCCUUCCCAACCAAGCUACGCGCCUUACCCCGCUCAGCCCACCUACGCCGCCCAGUCCUCAGCCCCAUCUCAGCAAGGGGGGUUUGGUGGUGGUUACCUUACUCCCUACCCACCACAGACCCAGCACUCGCGUCCCGGCUCCGCCCAUUCGGACGCGGGCUACUACCCCCCGAACAACGGCGGCACAUCAUCGUCGCGUCCUCACUCGGCGGAUCCCUACGCCGCCCGAAACGACCGAGACCCGAAUUACUACAACAACCAACCGGGCGAGGACGGCGAGCGCGGCCUAGGCGCGACGCUGCUGGGGGGCGGGGCCGGCGGGUUCCUCGGGCACAAGCUCGGCAAGGGCAAGCUGGGCACCAUGCUGGGCAGCGCCGUCGGCGCGGUGGCGGCGAAUAUCAUCGAGAACAAGCUCGAGAAGAGGAAUUCGGGUCAUGGGAGCGGUCAGGCGUAUGGACAGCAGGGGCAUCACGGACAGCAGGGGCAUCACGGACAUCACGGACAUCACGGAUCUCACGGGUCGUCGCAUCAUGGAGGAGGGUCUUCGUACGGCGGACACCAGGGACAUCAAGGUCACGGCCACCAUGGCCACCACGGGCAUCAUGGGCAUCACGGGCAGGCCUGGUAGAGUCUCAUAGAAUGAUUCAAGUACUACCUAGGCGGGUACCUAGUUACAGCAAAUGGUUAGGAUCUUUUCUUUUCCUUUUUCGCUUUCCUUAGGUAAGCAUGGGGGGGUCUGGGAUAGGUACCUACCUAUGUAUUGAGCAGCGGCGUACUGGUCGGUAUUGGUGAAUGGGCUUUUGGAGGUUUCCCAUUUCUACCAGAUUCGGGUCCGGAUCCCGAUCCCGGAAACUGAAGAAACGAUGGAACGACGUUACGGUUCGUUAUGCGGUUACUACAUACAUACAUACAUACCUAAGGUAUAAGGAAUCAAAGGAAUACCAGGUACCCAAGGUUAUGAGGAAAGUUCGUACUGUGGAUAUCUCUAGUUGUUAUGACCCUCCCUCGUUGACGAGGGGGAUUCAUGACAGCCCAUAGCCGGGUAUUAUAAAAAGAAAUCCUAUAUAAAUACGCUGCAGUCUUUCGAUUUCACGAUCGACAUGUGAGUGAAACCCAACGGAGGCAGUCUGCCGCUCCCUGAUAUCAGGGUGAUAAACUAGGAAGGCUGUUUGAUAGGCGAAUUAAUAAGAUAUGAUGACGGCGUGAAUGCGUUAAGCCACUCGAUAGGAUGCCCGUUAAUGAAAAUCUCUUAAAUAUUAGCCGUCC